AUGAAUGCAAACGAAUACACCGAUUCCAAGAUUGUUAAGAAGGCAAUUUCUACAAUGCAGCGUGUAAUGCAACCGUCUAAGAAGCAGAAAGUAGAAGUUGGACCGAAUAGGCACGUGGUUGUUCAACGUUGGGGUGAAGAUAUGUUCGUUUGCAUUAGAGAAUAUUACAAAACGGUAGAAGACGGUGAAUUUAAACCUAGCCGAAAGAGAAUUAACCUAACAAUUAUGCAUUGGCGAGAACUUCUGAAACAAAGCGGAGCCGUUGAUGACAUGAUUAAAGAACUUGAAGGUGUUGGUGAAUGCAGUAUGCCUACAGAAAAGGAUGAAAAUGAUAAUGGAAAACACCUGGACGAAACAUGA